UCAAACGACUCUUUUUACGCAGCUCUCUUUGAACCUUUCUUUCUUCAAUCUCUUCUUCAGUAAGCAGAUCCGAAUUCCGAAGCUCAUAUUAUGGCAACUAUCAAAUCCCUUAAGGCCCGUCAGAUCUUCGAUAGCCGUGGUAAUCCUACGGUUGAGGUUGAUGUCCAUUUGUCAAAUGGUGUUUGGGCUAGAGCUGCUGUUCCUAGUGGUGCAUCCACUGGAAUCUAUGAGGCCCUCGAGUUGAGAGAUGGAGGGUCUGACUACCUGGGAAAGGGUGUUUCAAAGGCUGUUAACAAUGUCAACUCAAUUAUUGCUCCAUCUCUCGUUGGCAAGGACCCAACAGACCAGACUGGUAUUGAUAACUUCAUGGUUCAUCAGCUUGAUGGAACUCAAAAUGAGUGGGGUUGGUGCAAGCAGAAGCUCGGCGCAAAUGCCAUCCUUGCUGUGUCACUUGCAGUGUGCAAAGCUGGUGCUGCUGUCAAGAACAUUCCGCUUUAUAAGCAUAUUGCUGACCUAGCCGGUAACAAGAAGUUGGUAUUGCCUGUUCCUGCUUUCAAUGUGAUCAAUGGUGGAUCCCAUGCUGGAAACAAACUUGCUAUGCAGGAAUUUAUGAUUCUUCCAGUUGGAGCUUCUAGUUUCAAGGAGGCUAUGAAGAUGGGUUGUGAAGUGUAUCAUCAUUUGAAGGCUGUGAUUAAGAAAAAGUAUGGACAAGAUGCCACUAAUGUUGGUGAUGAGGGUGGUUUCGCUCCUAAUAUCCAGGAGAACAAGGAGGGCCUUGAAUUGCUCAAGACAGCCAUUGAUAAAGCAGGUUAUACUGGAAAAGUUGUAAUUGGCAUGGAUGUUGCCGCAUCUGAAUUCUAUGGAAAGGACAAAACUUAUGAUCUGAACUUCAAAGAAGAGAACAAUAAUGGCUCACAAAAGAUCUCAGGUGACCAGCUCAAAGAUUUGUACAAGUCAUUCGUGUCUGAGUACCCUAUUGUUUCAAUUGAAGAUCCAUUUGACCAAGAUGACUGGGAAACCUACGCUAAGCUCACUGCUGAGAUUGGGGAGAAAGUACAGAUCGUGGGAGAUGACCUCCUUGUUACCAAUCCUAAGAGGGUUGCUAAGGCAAUCGAGGGGAAGACUUGCAAUGCGCUUCUUCUUAAGGUUAACCAAAUUGGAAGUGUGACUGAGAGUAUUGAAGCUGUAAAAAUGUCUAAGCGGGCUGGUUGGGGGGUGAUGACCAGUCACCGCAGUGGAGAGACAGAGGAUACCUUCAUCGCUGAUCUUGCUGUGGGUUUAUCAACUGGACAAAUCAAGACUGGAGCUCCCUGCAGGUCAGAGCGUCUCGCAAAGUAUAACCAGCUUUUGAGAAUUGAAGAGGAACUUGGGUCAGAUGCCAUUUAUGCUGGAGCAAGCUUCCGUGUACCUGUUGAGCCCUACUAAACUUGAUCUGGUAUUGUGAGAUGUAGUCUCUCUUUGGCUUAAUAAAUCGCCAUGCAUAUGAGUUAUCUUAGAUGGUCUAUGACCAGCUUUUUUCAACAGUUGUUUGUUCUGAGGUUUAACAGUGCUGAACUCAUGAGAAACAGUUCCUAUGGGCUAUGAGCAUGUUUCAUUUUUUGGCUGCUGGUUUUGUAACGGGGAAUACAGAUCAUAGUAAUUCUUAAAUUGAUGUUUUCAUAGUUUUGGUGUUGCA